UUGUGUUUGUUUGUUCUCCCUUUCGAUUUCUUGCGUAUGCUAAGUUGAAACCUAAGUUGUGGAAUUCAACAACACCCAACAACUAUUUCAUCCUUCCAAAUUAGCAACAUCUCUUUUUGAAUUUUGAAAAUUAAAUCUCUUUUAAUUUGGAUAUUUAGCUAUUUAUAUCUACUUAUGGGGGAUUUUUGUUAUGGUUCAUGUUUUUUGGUUAUAUGUCGCUGGGUUUUUGGCCUUCUCAUCCUCAUGGGAGGAAUUGUAUGCAUAGUCGUAUUUUUAGAAGUCCUCCCAUAUGAUAACAUGAAGUUUCAUGUCAUUGAUGCUUCCUUAUCAGAGUUCUACUUAACCAAUGACGAUAUACUUCAUUACAAUGUUGCAGUAAAUAUCUCUGUUAGGAACAGCAAUAAGGUUGAGCGUAUUUCUUAUCGUGCUAUUCGCUCUAAUCCUUCAUGUUAUGGAAAAGAUUUGGCUUCCAUUUCUUUGCCGUCUUUCUGGCAAGGCACCAAGAAUACAACAUUACUUCAUUUUGUAUUUCAGGGACAAACAUCGGUCAAACUACGGGGUUCUCAUCUAAGGGAUUUCAAUUAUGAUCGGAGAGAUGGAAUUUAUAGCAUUUAUGUAUAUCUCUACCUUAUCACCCGAUUAAAGUAUGCUGGCGGAGGAAAGAGCGGUGGAAGAGAUACCGUAGUUAAAUGUGGAUCAUUCAGGCUUCAUUUGUUGGGUUCUUCUUCUUCCAAUAAUCAAACAGGUUUUGGAGGCUUAUUUCACACUAAGAGGUGCGAUGUAUAUGGAGCCGAUAAUUAACUCCGUGAAUUGCCCCAAAGCUCGUUUUUUGUUUUAAAGUGUUGAAUGGCAUAUUAAAUCGUGAAUCAAAAAUUCAUAGCCAAUAUUCAUAAUUUGUAUAGCUAUUGUAUUAUUAUGUUGAUAUAUGUGACGUAUUUUACUUUGAAGAUGUUUA